GUAGAUUGCUUUGUCUCUUUGAUCUUGUUCUUGCCGACAUCUCUAGCUCUAUCUAAACUGUUGGGUGUGUCUUUUGAUAACGAACUCAUUAUUAUUAAUGAAAAUUAAUUAAUGAUGGUCAGAAGUAGAAAGAAAGGGUCUUCUUCAGCAAGUUCUAAGCACACAGAAGGAGAUGUGUCUAAAGAUAGGCCUAAGCAGAGGAGGCUGUGCUCUUUUUGUCUUAAGUUUACUGUUGUUCUCCUUCUUCUUUACGCCUUCGCGGCUCUAUCCUUCGUGAAAUGUACCUGGAUACAGAGAGAGCUGAUUUAUGUUAACAGGCUACGCAUACCUUUCUUUUCUAACCUCUCUGAUCCUUCAGAGUUUGGACUCCAUCAUCGAACGAAGCACUUCUUUCUGACACACCAGGAUAGUCAGUGUAAGAUUGGAGUUUGGUAUGUUCCACGUGUGAGUACUACAGAGGCUCCCAACUCCCUUGCUGAUGGAUAUCCAGUUGUCUUGUACCUUCAUGGUAAUACAGGAACAAGAGGUACAUAUCCUCGUAUUGGAGUGUACAAGUACCUGUCAGAAGAGAAAAAUUGUCACGUUGUAACUUUUGAUUAUCAAGGCUUCGGUGAUUCCGACUGUUAUCCUAAUGAGAAUAACAUAAUGGAGGAUGGUUUAUUAGUCUGGAAGUGGAUAAAGGAGAUGGCUCCAAAUGCACGGGUGUAUUUGUGGGGUCAUUCGCUUGGUUCGGGUGCUGCAACUCAUCUUACGUUGACGCUACAGUCGCUUGGCACUGCACCAUAUGCUGUUUUACUGGAUGCUCCAUUUACUAAUAUGGUUGAAGCAGCAUACAACCAUCCUUUUGGUUUGCCAUUUAAGCCAUUAGGAGAAAUAUUUUACAGCUAUAUGCAUGAGAACCAUUCUUCAAUUGAUCGAAUCCUUCAUAUUGAAUGUGACAUCAUGAUAUUCCACAGUCAUAAUGAUUAUAUCAUACCAUACCAUUUAGGGAGGAAGCUGUAUGAGACUGCUGUUUCUAAGCGUAAUUCUAAAUCUGGCAAAGUCACUUUCGUUAAUUGUGGUGAUCAAGCGCACAAGUAUAACUAUUUGUCAAAAGAAUUACGUAAAGCAGUUAAAACGUUUAUUCAGUAAAAUCAAUAAGUAUUAUUAUUAUUAUUAUUGACUAUUUUUUCUGUAUUGCAUAAUAAUAUUAUUUUGGUUGUUACUGGUUAUAAUUAUAGCAUCUUUAUAUCUC